UCUCAAACACAUCCAAGUUAUCCAACCAUGUUAGACCUUGACCUAUUUAGUAUCACUCUGCUCUCUUGCCUUCUUCCUCUCCUCAUUUUCCUCAUCAUCAAAUGGAGAUCACUUUUCCCAUCCAAAUCCCCUGAAAAUCCUAAACUCCCAAGAUCCUACCCCAUAGUCGGCUCUUUCUUCUCAAUCUACGCAAACAUCAACCGAGGCGUCCAAUGGACGUCCGAAAUAGUAACGAGUACGCCCACCUCCACCUUCCUCCUCAACGGCCCCCUCGGCGCCCGCACCAUCUACACGGCCAACCCUUCCAACGUCCAGCACAUCCUCAAGUCCCACUUCCACAUUUACCAAAAGGGCAGCCUCGCCCGAACCGUCCUCUCCGACUUCCUCGGCAACGGCAUAUUCAACAUCAACGGCGAGAGCUGGAAGUUCCAGAGGCAGGUCGCCAGCCACGAGUUCAACGCCAAGUCGCUGCGCAAGUUCAUGGAACACGUCGUGGACGCCGAGCUCAACGACCGGCUGAUACCGAUACUCUCGGCCGCCACGGCUGACAACACCGUGCUCGACCUCCAGGACAUUCUCCGGCGGUUCGGGUUCGAUAACGUGUGCGCGAUCUCGUUCGGGUACGAUCCGGCGUCGUUGGUGCCGUCUCUGCCGAUGGUUAAGUUCGUGGAGUCUUUUGAAGAAGCGAUUCGGAUCACCAGCCGGAGGUUCGACUACGUUCAUCCCCUGUUGUGGAGGGCUAAGCGCUGCCUCAAUCUUGGAUCUGAAAAGAAUCUUCGAAAGGCCGUGGAUGAAGUCAGGAAAUUCGCCAAGGAAAUAAUCAAAGAGAAGAAGCAAUUGCUAAACGAAAAAUCAGAAAUCGACUCGUUCGAUCUUUUGUCACGAUUUUUGAGCUCAGGCCAUUCCGACGAGGAGUUUGUUACGGACAUUGUCGUCAGCUUCAUAUUAGCCGGUCGCGACACGACCUCAGCCGCAUUGAUUUGGUUUUUUUGGGUAGUGUCCAAUCACCCUAACGUCGAAAAAGAAAUCUUGAGGGAGAUUCAUGAGAAAUCCGAAGCCCCGAUUUUCGAGGAAGUCAAGGACAUGGUUUACACCCAUGCAUCUCUGAGCGAAAGCAUGAGGCUGUACCCGCCGGUGCCGAUCGACGGAAAAGAAUCCACUGUCGACGACAUGUUGCCGGACGGGACUUUCGUCAAGAAAGGCACGUCGGUAGUCUACCAUCCGUACGCGAUGGGAAGGUCGGAGAAGAUUUGGGGGGAGGACUGGUCAGAGUUUAAACCGGAGAGGUGGCUGGAGAGAGAUCAUGAUGCGGCACGGGGAGGGGGGGAAGGGAAGUGGAGCUUCGUGGGAAGGGACCCGUACGCGUACCCGGUGUUCCAGGCAGGGCCGAGGGUUUGUUUGGGGAAGGUGAUGGCGUUUCUGCAGAUGAAGAGGGUGGUCGCGGGCGUCUUGCGGCGGUUCCGGGUGGUGCCGGCUUUUGAGGAAGGUAAGGGACCGGUUUACGUAAUGGCCAUGACGGCCCAUAUGGAUGGCGGUUUUCCGGUCAGGAUUGAGAGGAGGGCUUAGGAUUCCAAUGCCGGGAUUGGUUGGUGAUUGCAAGUAAUUAACUGCCGCUGAAUUUUCUUCGUACGUGUUGCAUAUAUGUCUUGGAAGAGAAAAUCUUUUUGCACGGUUGUGCCGUGAUUAGUUAUUUACAGCGCUAAUCGCGGUCAUCCUAAAGUAUUUUGGACGGUUUGUAUAUCAAUGAAAUUUUUCUGAAAAAAAUCAUUAAAAUCCGGGCCGCCCAGAUUGAAUACUUUUGGACAGUCGCGAUUGAUUGCUGCUAUAAAAAAGCUGUUCACAACUGAGCCGUGAAUAAGUUUCUCCCGUUUCGGAAUAGAAGGUUGAGUGGCAUUUGUAAGUACCGUACUGUAGUAUGUCAUUAUAAUUCUUCCUGUUUUUGUAUUUGAACAAUAACAUGUAUGAUUAGAUCAAAUACUGUUGUAUGGAUAUCUUGUGGUAAGAAUAAACUAACAAAUUGUGUAUUGUAAUAUAGAUUGCCGUCUUUUU